AGGGAACAAAGGGCCUUACCUUGGCAGACUUCACAAGCCUUUAACACGUGAUAAAGAAUACAAAAAAAAAAAAAAACCCCCCUCCUCGCCAUUACCCACACUCUCCCCAAAAGCAGCUGCUACUGCUAGCAGCAUUAGCAAAGCACUUUGCAUGCGUGUAUUAAAAGAGGCAGGAUUCUUCUUCAUUCUCCUUCUUCUUCAUCAUCAUCAUCUUCUUCUUCCCCAUUCUCAAUCCAUUUCUCCUCCCAACAACGAAACUGAAGCAAAGCCCCCAAGCUUUACUUUCCUUCACUGUAACCCACUUCCAUAUAUCUCUCAAGCAGCCAGCCGGAGUGUGGUGUUGUGAUCUUUGGUGAGUGUGUAGUAUUGGGUUUGAUUGUAUUUAUUGUUCUUGCUGCAGUGUUGGCCCCAAUUCAAUUUAUUUAUUUGGCUUGCUCUCUUUUUCGGCUGAUCUCGCAGCAGAGCAAUAAAUUCGGGUUUGGGAUAUGGGGAUAGUGAUUUCACUCAACUCACUCACUGGCCCUUUUCAAAGUUUAUUCCUUUUUCUUCUUCUCCUCUUCCCUCCUCCUCCUUUGCAUAACACCUUCUUGUUCUUUUUGGCCUUUUCUAUGUGUAGUCUUGUGGGUUUCCAAAUCUCUCUGUUGAUGGAAUAACAAGAAUUUAAUGUUUUGGAAUGCCGGGUUGCUGCUGUCUGUGUUUGCUUCUUCCUUCCUUUCCAUCCCUUCAAUAUAUGCCCUGCUUCUGGCCUUUUCUGCUUGUUAGAUUUCUAUUCUUUCUUCCUGCACUUUUGUGGGUUGUAGGGGGUAGAGGGGGGAGAACUUACUGGAGAAGGGUCUACUUUUCCGUCCAUUUCUUCGGUUUCUCCACCAAGUGUUUGCAAUAAUCCUCUGAGAGAGAAAAAUUAGUUUGAAAGCUUCUCCCUUUGUUUGCUUCCUUUUGGCUCUCCUCCUUCCCUCAUGCAACUGUGAUUUGCGCAAAAUGGAACCCUCUAAAUGCCUCGGGGAUACUCAUGGAGGUUUGGGAAGCAAAUGUGCGAAUGCUAGAAGAGCAGAGUAGCUUUCUUGGUGUCUGGUGAACGUGAAAAACAACCUUGGAAGUGUUAAGAGUGGUUUUGUUAUAAAGCUACACAAGAAUGCCAAUAGGACAGAUGAAAGAGAGCUCGGAGCAGCACUUAGUGAUCAAGCCUCAGUUUCAGAACGUUGCAAACAGGCCUGCAAAAAACCGCAAGACUGCUCAGAAUGGGAAAGGGCCACCAUCUCAAUCCCAGGAAACCCAUAAUGCUGCUGCUACUACCAAGCCCCAGAAUGAGAGCUCAAGCUCGCCUCCUGCUGCCGGGAAGAACAGAGGGAGAAGGAGAAGCAGAGGUGGCCGGAAAUCUGAUCAAGCUGAGGCCUUUAUGAGGCCAAGCUCAAGGCCAUGUACUGUGGCUCACAAGCCUGCCAAUGGAAGAGGCGACGAUGAUGAUGGUGUUGGUGGGUCCCUUCCAAAUGGGUCAAUUGAAAACUGUGGAGCUAUGGUAACGGGUCAGCCGCAGCAGCUGGGUUUUCCCACCUCUAGCAAGUCUUUGAACUUUGCUCAAAGGCCUGGCUUUGGUCAGCUUGGGACAAAGUGUGUUGUCAAGGCAAAUCACUUCUUUGCAGAGUUACCAAACAAGGACUUAAAUCAGUAUGAUGUUACUAUUACUCCUGAGGUGGCAUCAAGAACCAUUAAUAGAGCUAUAAUGGCAGAGCUAGUGAGGCUCCACAGAGACUCUGAUCUAGGAAUGAGACUUCCUGCUUAUGAUGGCAGAAAGAGUCUUUACACAGCUGGUCAGCUUCCCUUUGCUUGGAAGGAGUUCACCAUUAAGCUUAUUGAUGAUGAGGAUGGUGUAAAUGGUCCCAAGAGGGAAAGAGAAUACAAAGUGGCCAUUAAGUUUGUUGCAAGGGCUAACAUGUACCACUUGGGUCAAUUUCUGGCUGGUAAACGUGCUGAUGCUCCCCAGGAAGCUCUCCAAAUUCUUGACAUUGUAUUGAGAGAACUCUCCUCGAAAAGGUAUUGUCCCAUAGGUAGAUCCUUCUUUUCACCUGAUAUUAGAGCGCCUCAAAGACUGGGUGAGGGUCUGGAGUCAUGGUGCGGAUUCUACCAGAGCAUAAGGCCUACUCAAAUGGGCCUCUCACUGAAUAUUGAUAUGGCUUCUGCUGCAUUUAUCGAGCCCCUUCCUGUGGUGGAGUACGUAGCUCAGCUUCUUGGUAAAGAUGUGUUGUCGAGGCCAUUGUCUGAUUCUGACCGUGUGAAGAUUAAAAAGGCUCUUAGAGGGGUAAAAGUUGAAGUUACUCACCGAGGGAACGUUCGACGUAAAUAUCGCGUCUCAGGACUAACAGCUCAACCCACAAGAGAGCUAGUGUUUCCUGUAGAUGACAACUCAACCAUGAAAUCGGUUGUUGAGUACUUCCAAGAGAUGUAUGGCUUCACCAUCCAACAUACACACCUUCCAUGUCUUCAAGUGGGGAACCAGAAGAAGGCAAACUAUCUACCUAUGGAGGUAGCAUGAUUAGAAAGAGAUGCGUUUGAACUGUUCUUUUCAGGUUUUGGUUUUCAAAUGCUUUGAAAGUACUCCUGAAUGGAACUGUUUGUUUUUGUACUCUAUAGGCAUGCAAGAUUGUUGAGGGGCAGAGGUACACGAAAAGGUUAAAUGACAAACAAAUUACCGCCCUGCUAAAAGUUACUUGUCAAAGGCCUAGGGAUCGAGAAAAUGACAUCUUGCAGACAGUUCAGCAUAAUGCAUAUGAUCAAGACCCUUAUGCAAAAGAGUUUGGACUUAAAAUAAGUGAAAAGCUAGCAUCCGUCGAGGCUCGAAUCCUCCCUGCCCCUUGGCUGAAAUAUCACGACACGGGGAAGGAAAAAGACUGUUUGCCUCAGGUUGGUCAAUGGAACAUGAUGAACAAGAAAAUGAUUAAUGGAAUGAAUGUGAAACGAUGGGCUUGCAUUAAUUUCUCAAGGAGUGUACAAGAAAAUGUUGCACGUGGAUUUUGCAAUGAACUUGCUCAAAUGUGCCAAGUUUCUGGCAUGGAAUUCAAUCCAGACCCUGUAAUCCCUAUCUACAAUGCCAGGCCCGAGCAAGUAGAAAAAGCUUUGAAGCAUGUCUUUAAUGCAUCGAUGAACAAGACCAAGGGGAAAGAACUGGAACUACUAUUAGCUAUUCUACCAGACAACAACGGUACCUUAUAUGGUGACCUCAAGAGAAUAUGUGAAACUGAUCUUGGUUUAAUCUCGCAAUGCUGCCUCACGAAGCAUGUAUUCAAGAUCAGCAAGCAGUACUUGGCUAAUGUGUCCUUAAAGAUCAAUGUCAAGAUGGGUGGAAGGAACACUGUGCUGUUAGAUGCUAUCAGCUGCAGAAUACCAUUAGUGAGCGAUAUACCAACCAUAAUAUUUGGUGCAGAUGUGACUCAUCCGGAGAAUGGGGAAGAUUCAAGCCCCUCCAUUGCAGCUGUGGUAGCUUCACAGGACUGGCCCGAGGUGACCAAAUAUGCUGGAUUAGUUUGUGCUCAAGCUCACAGGCAAGAACUCAUACAAGAUCUAUACAAAACGUGGCAAGAUCCUGUUCGGGGUACUGUUAGUGGCGGCAUGAUCAGGGAUCUUCUGAUUUCCUUCAGGAAGGCAACAGGACAGAAGCCAUUGCGAAUAAUAUUCUACAGAGAUGGAGUUAGUGAAGGUCAAUUUUAUCAGGUCUUGCUCUACGAGCUGGAUGCAAUUCGCAAGGCUUGUGCUUCUCUGGAACCAAACUAUCAACCUCCAGUGACUUUCAUUGUAGUACAGAAGCGUCACCACACUCGAUUAUUCGCCAAUAACCAUAGGGACAGGAGUAGUACAGACAAAAGUGGCAACAUAUUGCCUGGCACGGUGGUUGAUACCAAGAUCUGCCACCCAAGCGAAUUCGACUUCUAUCUUUGUAGUCAUGCUGGAAUCCAGGGGACAAGCAGGCCAGCUCACUACCAUGUUCUAUGGGAUGAAAACAACUUCACAGCAGAUGGAAUCCAGUCCUUAACAAACAAUCUUUGUUACACUUAUGCUAGAUGCACCCGUUCCGUCUCAGUUGUUCCGCCGGCAUAUUAUGCUCAUUUGGCAGCCUUCCGAGCGCGGUUCUAUACAGAACCACAGAUGCAAGAGAAUGGAUCAUCAACCGGCAGCAAGGACACACGGCUGUCAGGAGAAGCCGGUGUGCGACCGUUACCAGCCUUGAAGGAGAAUGUGAAGAGGGUUAUGUUCUACUGUUGAUUGCAACGAGAAAUGCAAGACUCGCUAGUGGCAUUACUCCGACCUCAAGGAUGUCAGUUGGAGGGAGCAGAAGCUGCUGCAAACAGCAAAGAAAGCCAAAGCAGAAAAGCAACCAACUUCCCUUGUAAAUGUGUUAACAAUGGAUUGGAUAUCCUAGCUAGCUUAGAGUUUCUGCAGGAUUUUCCCCACUUCAGGCCAUGGGUGAAUACUGAAUAGAGAAGAAGCAGAAGGAAAUUGACCCAACAGCUAGACAUUUUAGAGGAAGAUAAGCGUAGUGGCUUGCUCUUCAGACUAGACCAACCCCAAGUUACGUGUAUUUACUAUUUCCCCUUUUGCUUCAGGCCCCAGGGGAAAAUGCAGCUCUCAUAGUUUAGUGUCGUUAGUAGUAGUGUUACGUUUAAAACUGUCUUGGCUUGUAAAGUUACCUUUUCUAGAAUGUCUCUGUCCCGUUGGUUUUUCAUUUUUUGGCUAGUGUUUCGUGAGAUUACAUCAAAACUGAGAUUGACUGUAACCAAGCACCGGUAUCCGUUGCACAUAAGCUUGAUGAAUUCACUUCAGGGUUAAGUUUAAGUAUCAACAUUGAGAUGCCAGCCAGUUUCAAGGAUUGAAAAAUUACGGUGGCUGUAUCGGGAAAGUUAGCGAUAGGGAAUUUUAUGCUGAAACUGUGGGUUAAGUGUUC